CAGAGUAUGUUGGGUAACAAGGCAACAAGUUACAUCCAACACUGCAGUUUUUUAAAAUAGCCGUUAACUAAUGAUUGUAUCCCCUCGACACGGUGCAGAAGAGCUAAACCUACAACUCCUGUAACAUUGGACAUACACUAGCGUCAGCAAACGUUAGAGUUGAGCUACAGGCUUGUCAGUUUCUUGCAGCAGCAACGUCCUGUGUGUUAGUGCUAGCAUCUGUGGUAAAUCUCAACCGUCUUUGAAGUAUUUCUACUAACCUGUAUUUAGCGUUACCCGUCAAAGUAACGUUAAAAAUUACUGUCAACGUUUGCAGCAAGUCUUUGAACAGACAAGCUUCGAGGAUGAAUGGUGUGAAGGAAAGGACAAGAAGCGAGUCUCCCGAGUGUCCCAACCCCAACGAGUCAGAGGGGCCUCAGGGUACUGCUAUGGAGGAGACUGCCACAACUAGUGAAGCUUCUGUGAAGGCUGAAAGUUCUGAGGUCAUCAUUACCAAGGAGAUGGAAGAAGAGGAGAAGAUGGCGAUGGAGCAGGGCGAGAAAAAGGAGAAGGAGUUAAUGGAUGAGGCCAAGCAAGCUUGGCAGAUGGAGUCAAAAGAGAUGCGUUUGAAGAGGCUGCAGCAUCUCCUGGAGAAAAGUAACAUCUAUGCAAAGUUCCUACUCACAAAGAUGGAGAUGCAACAGCAGGAGGAGAAACUUCGUAAGGAAAAGCUGGAGAAGAAAGCGGAAAAAGACAAGGACAAAGAAAAGAAGCCAGAGAAGGGUAAAGCAGCGGAAAGAAAGAAGCGCGAAAGGGAGGAAGACUACAAAAUAUCUGAUGUGAUGUCCAAAGAGGAAAUUUUGUCCAAAGCUAAAAAGGCAAAGGUGGAAGAUGAGGCGGAGGCCACACCGCGAACGCUGGAGGUGGAGGACAUCGAGAAGCUGAGCGACUCCAACGACGCCAUCAAGGGCCGCCUGUCGGAGGCAGUGCGCGACAACGCCAAGCACUUCCUGGACCCCGAGAGGAAGGUGAACGGGCAGCCUGUGCCCGCCCAGCAGCCCCGCCUCUUUACCGGUGGCAUCAUGCGCUGGUACCAGGUGGAGGGCAUCGAGUGGCUCAGGAUGCUGUGGGAGAAUGGCAUCAACGGCAUCUUGGCAGAUGAGAUGGGCCUGGGCAAGACCAUCCAGUGCAUCGCGCACAUCGCCAUGAUGGUGGACCGCAAGGUGCUGGGGCCCUUCCUGGUGGUGGCACCACUCUCCACUGUGCCCAACUGGAUAUCCGAGUUCAAGCGGUUUGCUCCUGAUCUGAAUGUGAUGCUGUACCACGGGUCUCAGCCGGAGCGUGAUGUUCUCCUGAAGGAGGUCCGUAGAUCAAAAGGCCCUAUGAAGAUGACCCCAGUGGUCAUCACCUCCUUUGAGAUCGCCAUGAUCGACAGGAAGAAACUACAGCGGUUCCAGUGGAAGUUCCUGAUUGUGGACGAGGGCCACCGCAUCAAGAACCUGAACUGCCGGCUGGUGCGGGAGCUGAAGAUGCUGAGCACCGACAACAAGCUGCUGCUGACGGGCACGCCGCUCCAGAACAACCUGUCCGAGCUCUGGUCCCUACUCAACUUCCUCCUGCCAGACGUCUUCGACGACCUCAAGAGCUUCGAGUCCUGGUUUGACAUUGACAGCAUCAGCACUGGAGAAGCAGAGGACAUUGUGGCCAAUGAAAAAGAGCAGAACGUCCUCUCUAUGCUUCACCAGAUCCUGACGCCGUUCUUGCUGCGGCGUCUGAAGUCGGACGUGACUCUGGAGGUGCCCCCCAAGAAGGAGAUCCUGGUCUACGCCCCCCUCACCCAGAAACAGGAGGCCCUCUACACCGCCAUCCUCAACAGGACUGUCGCCAAAAUGCUGGGCACGGAGGCGGAGGAAGCGCCAGUGCAGCUGUCGUCCCACGGGCGGCCGAAGCGGCGCAGCAGGAGAGCGGUGGACUACAAUGAGCAGCACCAGGAGACGCCAUACGAUCUGGAGAAAUACCUGGAGAAGGUGCAGAAGGAGAUGGACGAGAGGAGUGCACCAGUACUGGACGUGAAGCUGACCAGGUCUCUGGACGCCCAGAUCAACCUGAAGCUGCAGAACCUCAUGAUGCUGCUGAAGAGGUGCUGCAACCACCCCUACCUCAUCGAGUACCCCCUCACCCCCGACGGCGAGUUCAAGGUGGAUGAACAGCUUGUGGAAACGUCUGGGAAGUUUCUGAUUCUGGACAGAAUGCUUCCAGAACUGAAGAAGAGGGGACACAAGGUGUUGAUCUUCAGCCAGAUGACGUCCAUCCUGGACAUCCUGAUGGACUACUGCUACCUGCGUGGUUACGAGUUCAGCAGGCUGGACGGCAGCAUGUCCUACGUCGACAGAGACGAGAACAUGAAGAAGUUUGCCAGUGACCCUGAGCGGUUUCUGUUCCUGUUGAGCACCCGAGCUGGAGGUCUGGGCAUCAACCUGACCUCAGCAGACACAGUCAUCAUCUUCGACAGCGACUGGAAUCCCCAGGCAGACCUGCAGGCCCAGGACCGCUGCCACAGGAUUGGCCAGACCAAGCCCGUGCUGGUGUACCGCCUGGUCACCGGCAACACUAUCGACCAGCAGAUUGUGGAGCGUGCCGCCGCCAAGAGGAAGCUGGAGAAGAUGGUCAUUCACAAAAAGAAGUUCAAGGGCGGCACAGCUGACCUGAAGCGCAGCACCAACCUUCUGGACGAGGCCGAGCUGAUGGAGCUACUGAAGUCCAGAGACUAUGCAAGGGCAGUAAAAGGCACUAACGGCAAGGUGAUCAGCGAUAAGGACCUGGAGUUUCUGCUGGAUCGCAGCGAUCUGCUGAUCGAUCAAGCUGCGAAGAAGAAGCAGAGCAGCGUCAAGCAGGAGAAGGACGGAGUGUUCCGCGUGGUGGACACCAAACAGGAAGCGGAGAUCUCGCUGAGCUGAGCUGAGGGGCACGGCACGGCACGGCACAGAGAGCCUGGCGCAGCGCAGCACCGCUACACCGCACUGCACUGCCCACCCCGACCCGACCCGACCCAGGCAAGGCCAGGCCAACAUGACCCAUGUAGGCCAGACUGGCCUCUACCACUCAAAGCACUGCUGACUGCAGUCUGUUAUUCUGCCCUGCUGUAAGGAGGACCACAACACAACACAACACAACCUGACUUCACUGGAAGAUGUUUCAAGCCCUAGGAGUUUUCAGCCGUUUUGCCACCAUUUUGUAAGCUAGGACCCCAAACUACCUGAAUUCACUCAUAGACGUUUUACAGCAUACGUUGUUCAGCCUGUUGUCAGCAAGGAUCUUGAACUCCAAACUGACUUGACUAAAAGAUGUUUCCUGCCAUGUUCUAAGCUAGUGUACAAAUCCCAGCCUGAAAUCACUGAAAGUUCGAGCUCUCUUUUUUUUUUUUUGUAGCCAGGGUCAAGAAACGGCUGACUCGAAGUGAGGGAUGUUUUCAGUGUAGAUUUACAGCUGUCUUUUGAAACUCAGGCCAAAAUCCAACCUCAUGUAAAAUGAAAGGUCUGUAGGAUUUUGUCCUCGUUAACGCACAAAUCCUAACUUUAUUUCACUGAAAGAUGUUUCCGUCAUAGGUUCUGUAUAAAAACCCACAGUAGACAGGUCUACAUACCACUGACCUUAGGAGAACUAUCUGCACUUUUCCCCUUUCACAUUUGUGUUAUGGUUUUGUUUUGUUUUGUUUUUCUUGCAUUGUGAUUAUGACUGUUUUUAAUAAAUAUUUUUGAUUCUAA